AACCACCCAUUUCAUUAAUGACUCAUAUGGACCAUGCAGGGGAGUAAGAAACACGCGGAUGGACAGAGUGAUUCCUCCAGCAUUGGGAGUCUGCCGGACGACACCGACAGAGAAGUGUGCAGCCUCACCGACCGAGCUUUCAAAAGUCUGUGCGUGGCUGAGCUUCAAACGCCUUACACAGAAGCAGACCCCAUUGGGCCAUCCGGCAUCUCCCACCAGUUCUCUAGCAAAUUCUUUCACGGCCCCUGGAAUUCUGCCCUCAAGAAAAACACCAACUUCCACAGGCAACUGUCAGAAAAGGAGCGUGCAACAUUCCUACUUUCCAAAGUUUCUACUAACUGCAAAACUCAUGAAGACAAGAAGUAUUCUCUAGUCAGCCCAAGCAUAAGAAGAAAACUUGACUUGCCGCUGUCUGAUCUGCACAACUGUACACAUAUCUCAAAAGUGUCUUCUUUGAUAAAGACCUUUAAUAAGGUUGACAACCAGGUCUCACUACUGAUAGCCAAGCAGCCGGCAAACAGCAGUUGGACAGGGUGUCCGUUAAUUUGUGGAGACGAAACUGCUUUCUGGAGUGACAGAACAAUUGUAAACAUCCAAGCGGGGAUCUCUGAACUUCCAGACCCGCGUCCAAGUGUAGCAGGCCCCAGCGAUCAGCGCAAAGGACACAGCAAAAUAGACCUGGCCUGUCUGAGGCUGCCUGUUUCUCAGCUUUCUCAGGCAAAGGCUUCGAAUGUACCCAGGUUCAGCAUCUCUGACAAGAUGGUGAAAACCAGAACUGGGAAAGCGAAAGAACUAGCCAGAAAAAGUAGCUUUCUCCACAGCGAAAACAGCGCUUUUGAGUCGUGGAAUGCACACCAUAAAAAACGAAUUGAAAUAGGAGAGACGAUGCCCAAAGACGGCAGCCUCGGUUACUUUGAGGAAAGGCCUUUCUUUAAGAAGCCUUGCGUCUCUGAGCCAAAAGCGAUGGCUGCCUUCAUGCUGGAAGAAAGCUUCUCCGAUGAUCCUUCACCAAAGUCCCUCUCCAAGGCCUCCUUGCCUUCGGUGCCUCUGGCAGGGUCACCCGAGGUCGCUCCUUUAGCCAAAACGUCUGCAGCUGAGUCACCUGUGGUUUUGUCUGACCCUUCCUUUGGCAUCUCGGCCCUGCUGGCUCCGGCCCUACCCCUGAAGCCGAAGAACGAAGGACCACCGGGAAACCGGCUAUUAGUGGUGACUCCAUUCGUAUUGGAAGCUGCAGCAACCAAAGAAGCUGAGGAGAGGGCAUUUUACUCCCAGAAUGAUUACAAGUCUAAAGCACCACGUUUACUGUUUAACCUGAAGGACAUCCGAAAACGCGUGAAGAGCACUUAUACCCCCUCUCCUCUCCCGAGAGGCCUGGAGGACAAAAGCAAGCUGAAAGGCCAGGCCCACCUGAAGGCAGAUGUUAUGGCAACCAGUGAGUUGGAUUACAGCAAUAAAGAAAUACUUGGUGGUGCUGAUAAAGUUAAUAUAUUUGAACAAAUGGACUACAUUCAGGAAAAGGACAAUUUCACCGGUUUAAAUGAGAAUUUUAUCAGCGAUGAUGUAAUGUUGAGCUUAUCAAAGUCAAGGGCAGGUAUUUUAAAGUAUCAAAAUAAGAAUCAUUUGCAGCAAAGUAAUUCAGUAUACACAGAGGGCGUUAAGGUGAUUUCUGUGCACAAACACAAUAAAACUCAGCCUGCUUCUUCAUCCGAACCUUUCCUGACAGAGGUGGCAGCCGUACAGCAGGAGGACAUGCAGGAACAUAAAUAUAAAAAAAUCGCUUUGGGUCAAGAUGCCGAUGAAUCAUCUAAAAAUCUGUUUUAUCCAGCUGAAGAAAACAGAAGCAACAGCGGAACCCAGGCCUGCUCCUCAACUGGAAAUGGCCCCCAGGGCGGAAGAAGCCCCAGCCCUUCUGAGCAACCGGUUGUUACCACGGCAGACCAACCGUUCCACAGGAUGCCCUGUUCUCUGAUGCAGCUCUUCCAGAAAGCCUGUCUUCAGGAGAGCCAGAGAAGGGGGGACGGCGUGGAUGGAGGAGAACAGCAGGGCUGCCAAGAGAGAGAGAAAGCCAAGAAAAAGGAUUUGCAUGAUCACCUGCUCAGCAACUCUGGUGCUGCUGUGGAUGAAACAGACAAGGGGAAGGAUGAACAUGAGGAUGUCCCACAAGAGGCAGCGUUGGAGGAGAAGGAAGAAGACGGCUGGAGAAGCACCGACUGUGAGGCGGAAAGCAAGGCUGGAGAGCCCCUCACGCCAGCCGUAUCAAGCUUGUUGAAGCCCACUCUGUUCACGAUUAAAGACAACACAUUUAAGUCGCCCCCUGUGACCAAAGCAAUCAAGCUGCCUCUGCUCAGGUCUUUGUCCUGUGAAGGAGCUGCUCCGAACGCCCCGGAGAACCCCAAGAAUGCCGAGACAGACCGAGAGGGGGAGGGGGAGGGGGAGGAGGAGGAAGGAUGGGGGUCUAUCCAAGGGAACAGGGGCUCUCAGGUAGCUGACAAAAGCAGUCUAACCGCAAAUUAUAGCUUUAGUGAAGGAUUAGAUCAUUUUUCUAUGAUGGCAGAUUCUGAAGAAACCGAUCGUUUAUCAGUGUUAUCGGAGAAAGAAUUAAAAAGCCCUGAGAAAUUAGCUAUUUCCAAAGAGGAGAUCAGAAUCAGGAAGUUGAGGCCCAGUUCUGCCAUUCAGCCAAAUCUGGACUUUGAAAGUGAGCCAAGACAAAGUGAGGAAAGGUCCCCUACAAGAGAAAGGACACUUUAUACGAAGAGCCGUGCCUUCUCUAGGCAAAGGGGUGGUCCUUGCAUUAAAAAAAUAAUAAGUCAAGAGGUAAACUCUCCCACAGUAACAGAAAAUCAUGCUUGUUCUCCUGUUUCCAGUGAUGCCUUUGGAGGCACAUCUUCUUUGUUGAAACAAACGUAUCAGCUCCCCGGAGAUCCUGACAGCCCUUUGGGGACGAAUGAAAGACUCCAGCUGAUGAGUCAGAUGGGAAGGACAGCAGCCAAACCCCCAACGGUGCCCCCCAAGACAGAAAAGGCAUUGCGGAGGGCAAAGAAGCUGGCAAGUAGGAGGAAAAAGAUGGAAGCUCAACAGAAAAAGCUUGAGGAGGAAACUCUGCCCCAGAAUGAAGAUGCUUCAUGCCUGACACCAGCCCCAUCUCUGCAGCCCCUCAUCCGCCCUGACUCUCCCUUGACUGCCCCAAAAUGUGGUCCGAUAAAGCAUCAGCCUUUGCUCUCCUCAAGUCCCUCCCCCUCUUUGCCUGCCACUCAGCGUAAGCUGCUUCAGGAUCCGGACUCAGGGGAAUACUUUAUGGUAGAUUUGCCUCUUCGGUUAAAGACGCUCUAUGAUCCCGAGAGCGGUAGAUAUGUCCAGGUGUCCGCUCCUUCCUCCAGAAGGAACUUGUCUCGAACACCUUCUUCAGAAGUCUCCUUUCCCACCUGUGCCUGGGGUCCCAGCACUCUCCCGCCCAGGGUGGCUUCUGUUCCCACCCUCCCAUCAUCCACUCCGCUUCCCGGAGCGUUUGUGAAGGCCUCGGGGACAGCCUCAGGUGAGCCACUGAGGGCCUCCUGCCCAGGGCCUUCGGAGGGUCCGCCCUGCCCAGACGCAGCCCUGCCCGAUAUUCACAGCCAGAGCGCCGAUGGGUCCCCCUCAAACUCCGAAAAGGGUAGGGGCUCCCCUGCCCCUCAGACAGGGGAGGGUACGAAGGCUUCGGCCGAAGAGUUUGCGGUUGAAGGUGCACCGCCAGAGUCUUUGCUGUAG